AUGAGUGCUUAUGCAGCUCUCAGGGCCCAGGAUGUGCGCCCAAAGUCGCCGUUUGAGCCUCCAAGCCCUCAGAGUUCCCUAUUAGAGGGCUUUUCUUCCCAUAGCAACUUCACUCCGACAUUGGAGAACACCAUCUAUACAUCCACGUCGAUCUUCCUAGGUCUAGACACCACAAACCACAUCGUUGCAGUGGGAGCAUACGAGUUGUUGGUACAUAGAGGACGUAUUCUAGUUAACAAUCUCCAUGAAAUCAAGGAAGGUGCUGUACACCCCAUUGUGCUGUGUUACAGCCAAUCUCCUUUGGUGAUAUGCGCUACGCAAGAAUGUACCAGUCGGACAGAGAGGUCCAAACCGGGAAAAAAUGGCAACCUGGAACCUAAAGUGAAUGGUUUGAUGCCGAAAUUCACUACUGUGAUCGAACUCCGUAACUUAAGUACUGGUUUACCAGCCUUGGCUCAAUAUUGUCCACUGUUGAAGACAAUGCACUACCGUCCAACCUCGACUUACACUUUCAAGUUGGUAAUGGAGCCUGAGGACAAUCUUUUUGCGGUAUUUUAUACUGCGCAAACCAUAAAGAGCAUCAAUGCAUUGACUAAGCUAUCAACAACUCCAACAUCAACUCCGGAAUCUGUUGUUGUGAUUGGAUCGAAAAAUUGUGGUAAAUCGACUCUUGGGAAGUCUCUCUUGAACAAUAUGACCAACACGAUCAACAAUCCGGUCGCAUAUAUGGAUCUAGAUCCAUCCAAUUCCGAGUUUUCCAUUCCUGGCACAAUAUCGGUUACUGUACAUUCUGAACCGACGUUUGGACUACAUUUCUGUCAAACAAAUGCUUUAAAAGAGCGCAGGAACAAAUUCUGCUAUUACGGAUUCAAUUCAGCGGGCGACCUUCCGGAACACUACAUGAAGUGCUGUAGAAUUCUCGUGGAGUUUUACACUCUGUAUUUAUACCCUCAGGGGAUUCCACUUAUUGUUAAUACGCCUGGAUGGGUACGAGGGUUGGGGAAAGAUUUCCUCUUAGAGAUCACUAGCCUAAUCAAUCCCAGCCUGGUGGUAUAUUUAACUCAUAACGAUACUAUCAGCGUGGGAGAUUUCGAAGCAGAGGAGUUCGAGUCUCAAGAUAACCCAGACGAUGAAGUGAUUUCAGGGUUAACUUGUAAGAAUCUCAUCACCUUGAAAGCAACUAGAAUUGCCCCCAAGGUGACUCCCUCACUGAUAAAGUUGCACAAUCGCUUGACAUACUUUCACCAUAUGAAGAGUGCUUUCAAAUUUGAUUUCGUCAGACACAUUCUCUUCACACCUCCAACGAAACUAUAUUUCAAUAGGAACUCGCCAGAGUCUUUGGCUGGUAUCUGCGACUUGGGAUUCGACUUGGAUGUCGCCAAUUCACCGGAGCAUAUCUUACAAUUUACAGAGACUAGCCUUAUGGGCUUAUGUUUAGUUCCUACUGCCAAUACCAAAAUGAGAUCUAACAAUAUUCUGGGACCGCAGGUAAUCGAGUGUGUUCAUCCCGAAAAAGUCGUUUUUGUGUGCCUUUGCAUGGUUCACUCUGUCAAUACCAAAGACGGAUAUAUUAAUGUCUACUUACCGUGUUUUCCACAACAAAUUUCCGAGUCCACAUCACCAUACUUGGAAAAUGGACACAGAUUCAUAUUAAUUCGGGGAGAGGGAGAGAUUCCACCGGUGGAGAUCCUCAUGCCUCAAUUGAUAAGCGACGAUACUGCCAUUCCAUACGCUACUCAAGAGCCCAAAAUGAGAAUCGGAGGUAUUUGGAAGGCUCGCAAGAAUCUUGGUCGUAAAAAUCAAAAAUAA